UUUGCCCAGUAGACUGAUCACUUACUUACAACCGAUACCCGAUAUGUCUUAUUGUGACGUCAUUCGAAGUACUUGUUGAGUGACCUUGCUUGCCCGGGAUCAACUGUACAGCACUGCACUACAGCUGGGAGCCGAGCGAACAGUUAUCGCCACGCCCACCCCCUGUAUUCGGAAACAGGUAGUUUCUAACACACAUCAACGGCACUGACUUGACCAGAUAGACCUACGUAUAAUUAUACUGAAUCUAACUUCACAAAGAAGGAAGAAAAAUCACCAUGGCAAACCGACGAAAGGGAUUUGGAAUGACUGCUGAAUUGGCGAAUAAGAAGGCUGCUAAGUUUGAUCCACAAUUGGCGAGCGAGGCGUUCGAAUGGAUUGCUGCUGUACUUAAUACGGGACCGUCCGAAUCACAACAAUUGGCGAGCUCAGUUGGAACUGUAAGCUCUCAAAAGGAUGUCCAAGAUCCUCUCAAAGAUGGCGUCGUCCUUUGUCAUUUGAUCAACGUUAUCAGGCCGGGAUCAGUGAAAAAAAUCAACUCAAGUAAGAUGGCUUUUAAACAGAUGGAAAAUAUUGGGAAUUUUUUGACAGGAUGCGAAAACCUAGGAAUGAACAAGGUGGAUCUGUUUCAAACUGUGGACUUAUACGAGGCAGGCAACAUCCCACAGGUCGUCAAUGGCAUUUUCGCUCUUGGUAGAAAGGCGCAAAAAGUCGGUUACAACGGGCCGACGCUUGGUCCAGAAGAAGCAACACAGAACAAACGAGAGUUCACCGAGGAGCAGCUGCGAGCCGGUGAAGGAGUGAUAGGACUGCAGGCUGGUUCUAACAAAGGGGCCUCUCAGGCUGGUCAAAAUUUUGGAAAGACCAGAGCGAUUUUAGAUUAGAAGAGGAAGUUGGGUCUAGUAGAUUGUGUGACCAUGUUGAUGUAUUUUAAUUCGGAUAAAAUUAUACAAACGCAUUGCACCCGCUGGUCACGACAGGGGGGGACCACCCUCUUGCAUACAGGCUUUGGUUAAAAAAAAUCAAAAGUUAGAUGGGGAAAGGCCCUAUCGGAAUAGCUCAGUCACAUUUUCUCUAAGGCGGCCUUGCAUGCGGCAAGUAAACAGCCGUUUUAGCAUUUUUGGGGCAAUAGUUACAUAUUAUUGGUGAUUUGCAUAAAACUGAAUAAAAGGGCUGUUUUCGACUUGCCGCGGGGCAAAUGUGACUGAGGAAUUAUUAUCAUUUUUGUCACUAAAACAGUAAUAUUCAUAUUCUACCAGUUAAUGGUUUUAUGCUAGAUCUUUUAAAUGAUUAAGAGCUAAAUUGUCUCUACACGGUGCCUAUGUAAGAAUGCGUGUGAGUCCGCCUAUCCCAUUAGCUAUUUGACAUUACAACUUAUAUGCCAGUGGGAUUAUGAUCAUUUUGAUAAUAAUGUUCAAUUCCUGUAGAGCACAUACCACUAUACUAGCUACUUGGAUAUUAUUACUACUGGGAAUGUCUUGAAAUUGUUGAUAGAAAUGCUCAGAUAAUAUCAAGAAAUGAUGGGAAAUCAUCCAAGGUUAUUUCUAGUAUUCAAAAUAGCUGGACAGUCCUCUGACUCCUCUCUUUUAGGAAGAGAAAGUUGUUUAACUCUGGAGGUGUAUAUUUUAUUUUACCGGUUCUCAUCUGAUCAACAAAGGGCCUAUUAUCUGAUUAUGCAUACAUCAUUCCAUCCUAGGUAUGUAGUUACCUAGUUUAACAGCUGUUUAGCAGCUAUCUAGUCUUAUUAGUUUCAACCUUUGAUACUCUUGUAUGAAUUUUUAAUUGAUUUUCUUUUCAUCUUUGUUUGGAUUAAACUUAAACCAAAUACUACUAUUCUUAAAGCAAAUAUGCUGUAAACGCCUUUGAAGCGAAGAGUUAGCUAAAUGGCUUUAUGCAAAGAGCAGUACUGCAUAUAAUCUUGAUUUAUCUCAUUAUUUAUCAUUUAUAUUUUGUAUAUGUUAUAGUAGGUGGAGGCCAAUUGUGUUUUGUAGAUUUCUGAUGAUUUUAAUCAUUAUUUGAAUAAAAGGAAAAUGGUGUAUUAUUGAUCAAAGUUGACGAUGGCAGAUUUACACUGCCAAAACACCGGUGUUGAUUUAACACCAUCCCGGUAUCUAAGGAAACAACACCAGAUAAGAAUCAAACUGAUCUUGGUUUAACAAUGAUUAGUGUUGUUUAAAUGCCUAUCUGGUGUUAGCCCAAAGCCGAAGUGGUGAUUUUUCAACACCUCUGGUGUUUUCCGAUAAACUUUUUUUUUCCAGAGCUUGGUGUUAAAUCCCGCCAAUAUGAGGGACAACUUCUAGGCACUUUUCAUCGGUGUUACAUUAUUAUAUCGUGUUCAAUGUAGACACUUUUUGUAUUUAUGUAUGCAGGGCCUUUAAGAAAAACCGUGUUCAAAACCCUGAUAAGGCUUCACCGUGUAAAGUAGACAAAACGAUAAAUAAUAUUUCAAAAAGGAUAUGACGUUCGGGUAUUAAUUCAUUCUCUAAAAACUAUAACUGCUUAACUACCAAAUAUGAAUGCCUACAUUAAAAAAAAUGUAUAAUUCUUCGAAAAAUUAUCAUGCGUAUCGCCAUGUGGAAAAUCCAUAUUUAAAAAAAAACACCAAAGACAUGCAUGGGUAGCAUUUUAGUAUUGAAAAUAUCAGUCUUCCGAACUGUCAAGAUCUUAGCCCAAAUUACGUAACAAUAAAAGUACCUGUGUGUUUGGGGUUUAAGAUGCAUGGGGUUUCCCCAAGAACACAUAGUUCAUCCCGUGAUCUGAAACAAAAUGUAUCAUAUGGUCGUGUAAUGAUUUCGCUCAAUAUUGAUACGAAUAUGAAAUAUUUUUUAUUCACAUUAGCAAUAGCAACCACAUUUCAGUCCUGUAAUGGGAUUUAUUAACGGCUCAUGCUUUUUUUUUCAUAAAUGUCCCGGUUAUUGAUCGAGAAAUUAGUACUCCUAAAUCAAUCUCUUCAAUGUUUACCUUAACAGAGGGGACCUUAAUGAACUUAAAGCACAGGUACACCCCCAACAAAAAGUUGAUUCGAAUAAAAAGAAAAAAAGCAAACGAGCAUUGCACUGAAAAUGUCAUCGAAAUCGGAUGUAAAAUAGAAAAGAAUUAUGACAUUUUUUAAAUUUUCGCUUAAUUUCACAAUGCAGUGGUUGAAUGCACAGCCUGGUCUGUAUGCAAAUUUGGGAACCGAUGACGUCACUCACUAUUUCUUUUGUAUUUUAUUAUCUGAAAUAUUCAAAUUUUCUCCUCGUUGUCAUGUGGAUCAAAGUUUUAUUCCUCCCGGACCAUGUGGAAUUACCAUUGUUUAAGUAUUUUAUGGUUCAGUCUAGUUGGACCUUAUUGUUAAAUCUGUAAAUUCAAACAAUGAAUAAAAGAAAUAGUGAGGGACAUCAUAGACACGACUCUCUCAUUGCAUGUCACUAAAUUGUGCAUAUAACUGUUUUGUGGGAAAAAAAUUAGCGAAACUUUAAAAUGUCAUGAUAUUUAACAUCCGAUUUUGAUGAAAUUUCCAGCGUUAUGCUUGUUUUAUUUUUCUCUCUUGAUUAAAAUCAGCAUUUUCUGGGGUGGGCUGGACCUUUUCACCUUUUUUUUGUGAAAGUGGAUCAUUCUAUUUAAACAAUGAUUAGAGUAUACUAUUGACAAGAAUCUAUAUUCAUCUCUAAUAAUAUAGGCACAUAUGAAAAGGAAUAGGCCCUAUCUACGAAUUCGGGAGGAUCAUGGCCCGUAUUCUGAAGUCAGGUUAAACUUAGAUCAUGGCUAUAACUCUGUGCUGAAAUAUGGGAAGCAAAACGUGUCAUUUUUUUUAUUAAGUUGCAUGUAUCUUAUGUGCUCUUUAUACUGAUUCAUCGAUGGUGAAGAAAAUCAUCUAUUUAUACUUCCUAGACAAUUAUGAAUGAUUUGAGAGCCAAAUGAGCUGAAAUAUGAUUAUCUAUACCGUUAGUGACUUAUGUAACAAUUGGCUAUCCAUACUUAAACCACAAGUUUAAACCCGACUUCAGAAUACGGGCCCAUGGGUUUUGUUUGGAGAAUGUGCUGCAAUGCCAUCAAUGGCAAUCGACAAUCGAAUAUCUGGGAGGUAAUUUACUAGGUUUUUUAACUGACUAUAGCGUACUCCAUUCAUUCUCGUACAGUAUGUAUAGUAUACUGUUACGUCACAGUUGUAGUUAGGUUUGGUUGCCUUUUAUCAAGGAUUUAUGCAUCAAUUUUCCAAUGCCUUAUUUGGGACUUCUUUUUAACUCAGUUAUUUGUCAUUGAUGGAUCACAAUCUUAGGUUCAAAAUUAGAUUUCAUGAAUGGGUUCCAAGAUAUUCGGGCUGAAAGCAGUUAUACGUCUAGUAUGAUAUUUGUUUUGUAAGGCAGUAGUGUAUUUCAUAAUAAAGUGUGUAUUAUAUCAAGUGA